ACCCCCGAGUGGGAUUCUAGCUAUGAAAGAGUGGCGAUCGAUUGCGAUAUUGUUGAGUGUAUUCGGGUUUCUCAAAGACUUUCGACCGAGCGAUCCAUUCCUGGUGCAAUUUCUCAACGGACCAUGCCACAACAUUUCGACGCAGCAGAUCCAGCAGGAUCUGUUUCCGGUGGGAACAUACUCCUUCGGCACACAGCUGGUGAUCACUUUCCUCAUUACGGACUACCUACGCUACAAACCGUUGAUAGUGCUGGCCGGUUUGGCCGGCAUAGCGUACUGGUGCCUGUUCAUUUGGGCCAGAGAACUCAAGUGGCUGCAGUUGGCUCAAAUCUUCUACGGGACUUACAAAGCGGCCGACGUGGCUUUUUGGUCGUACAUCUACGCCAGCGUGGACAGGAGCUACUACCAGAAGAUUACUUCCUACACUAGGUCUGCGUCGCUAGUUGGGAAAUUUGCAGCCGCCGUCAGCUCGCAGUUGCUGUUGUUCUACGGAUUAGUGACGGACUACCUGGAUCUAAACUAUUUAUCCCUGGCAGUUCAAACAUGUACAACUGCUAUCGCUCUCUUCCUGCCACCCGCCCCAAAAAGCGUAUAUUUCAACCGCCAGCCCGCCAAAAAGGAUCAAAAUUUGAAUGAGCCGGUCAGCAAUGCACGUGGCACCGAAACACCCACUUCUGAUCCCGACGCCGAAAAACUCACCCCUAUGGAGCUGCUGUGGUAUCACAUCAAAUCGUCAUACAGCACCUUUGUCGUGCUCCGUUACAGCCUCUGGUACGCGCUGGAGAGUUGCAUCUACUACCAGACCAUGCUGUACGCCCAGGUGCUGUGGCGCACGAUCGCCAACACCAGAUCAACCGGCGUUCUUUGGAACGGUGCGGUGGAGGCUGUGCUGACCAUCUGCAGUGCCAUAAUCACGUUCUCCGCCGGAUUUGUUCCGGAGGAGGCCUUGAAGGUGCCCAACACCUUGCUAGGGCUCAGCUGGAUUUCGUUCGCUCAGGGAGGAAUUUUGCUGCUGGCCGCUCUGGCCCCCAAUCUGUGGGUCGCCUAUGGGUCCCACAUUGUCUUUAGUGCACUGCACUCGUUCACGGUGACACUGCUGAAUGCGGAAAUUGCGAAGAAUAUCUGCAGGGAUAGUUUUGGGUUGGUAUUCGGGAUCAAUGCGUCCGUCGGAUCGGUACUUCAAAUAUUGGUUACGUUGGUGGUGGUAAAUGGAUUAUCCAACACGGACGUUGUUGGUCAAUUUAUUAUCUUUGGAGGUAUAUGUGGAGCGAUAGGUUUGCUCUUUUGGACAUUCUUAUUAAUUGAGUUGAGAAGUUGCUGGAAACACUACCUGUUCAGAAUUCAGCAACGAUUAACUAGCAAGCGAAAAAUUGAGGGUACUGAUAAUCAUUCGGGUGUGUGAAUGUACUUCAGUAUUCUAGAUAUCAUACUCGAAUUAAUUCUACUAUAAUGAGUAUCUAAUUAAGUGGUAUUAUGUAAAUUAUAUUGUGAAAUAAAAACAUUAAUAUUCAAAAAAGCGUUGAAAUUGUCAAUAAUUUAGCUAAAUAA